GACGUCGUUUCCAUUCUCCUCUCUUCUUCCUUCAAACACUACUCCCUCACUCACUCACUUCCGACCUCACAUUCAGCUCAGACCCACCGCCGAGCCCAAAUCGGAUGCUCCAGACUUGAAUUCCGGCGGCAUUGACCAGUUUGACCGGCUGAAUAAAGUCAAGCCUACCAGACAUGAGGAGGUUGCAUGGAAUUUGGGGGUGCUGCUCCUGGCAUAUUUAUGUUUAAUGAAGUGACUGCUCUGUGGUGGCAAUAGUUUCUUGGUUGGAGAUCAUACCGAUAGCUGAGAGAUUAGGUUAAGAUUUGGUUGAGAUAAAGUAAUCGGUGCCAUGGGUGUCUCGGGUAAAUGGAUUAAGGCAUUGGUUGGCUUGAAAAAAUCAGAAAAGUCGCAGUCUUCAGUGGCAGAUGACAAUAGAACAACUGCUAACAGGUUUCGGCACAGGAGAAAGCAUUCCGUUGAAAUUGAUUCAGAUAGACUGCAAUGCAAGUUUGAUGCCAAUGCUGCCCCACCAAUUGGACAUCCUCAAUUAAACCCAGAUGUUGUGGAUUCUCCUUCUAGUUCACUCGAAGUACAGAAUGCACAGAGUGAGCAGAAUGUGAGAGAAGAGUGGGCGGCUACAUGCAUCCAAACAGCUUUUCGCGGCUUUCUGGCCAGAAGAGCGCUUCGGGCUUUAAAAGGAUUAGUAAGACUUCAAGCCCUUGUCAGAGGCCAUGCUGUGAGGAAGCAAGCUGCAAUAACUCUUCGCUGUAUGCAAGCUUUAGUUAGAGUUCAGGCUCGUGUGAGAGCAAGGCGUGUUCGUCUGGCAUUGGAAGGUGAAACAACAGAAGAUAGACUACAGCAACAACUUGCUAAUGAGGCUCAUGUCCGAGAAAUAGAAGAAGGAUGGUGUGACAGUGUAGGAUCUGUUCAAGAAAUUCAGGCCAAGUUGUUGAAGCGGCAAGAGGCUGCAGCUAAGCGUGAGAGAGCCAUGGCAUAUGCACUUGCUCAUCAGUGGCAAGCUGGAACAAGACAGCAGCAUGCUCCCUCUGGGUUUGAACCAGAUAAAAACAGCUGGGGAUGGAACUGGUUAGAAAGAUGGAUGGCUGUCCGUCCCUGGGAGAACCGCUUUCUAGAUAUUAAUCUUAGAGAUGGAGUAAUGGUAGAUGAGAAUGAAUCAACAGAGGCUAAGGAUGGCAGCAGAUCAGGGUUAAAAUCUGCUGGCAAGAAACCUAUUGCUUCAACUGUUCAAUCGAAUCUUGUAAGUCAAAAAGCUGUACCCUUUCAUUCCAAUGGGUGUGAUUCUUCACCCAGCAAGUUGGCAGGUGUGCUAGAGGCAUCCAACACCCAACUUGGAAAGCCAAAUUCCAAGCCUGUACCCUUUCAUUCUGAUGGGUGUGAUUCUUCACCCAGCAAGUCGGCAGGUGUGCUAGAGGGAUCCAACACCCAACUUGGAAAGCCAAAUUCCAAGCCCUGUUUGGAAGAUUCAAUUGAAAGAGGAAACUUGAAACCUGAUAUUGCAUCAAGAUCCCAUAGUAAUCCAAAAGAGAGAACAACAGGAUUGAAUAAACAGGCGAAGAAGCGGUUGUCUCUGCCUAGCAAUGGAGGUCUUAGUGGUCAAACUGCCAGACAUCCUAUUAGAUCUAAUGUCAAAGGGACACCCAGUUCUCAGAAGCCCGUCAAGGCUAGAUCAAAACCCAGUGGGAAAGGGGACUCUUCAAAGUCAUCCCCGCAAGCCGUUGAUAUGCAACUUUAAAUGCCACAUGGAACUAAGUUUCUGCACAUUACCCUUCUGAGGCGUUUGGUGUUUUAUAUCUGUACAUAUUGAAACACAUUCUGAGAGGAUGCAACAGCAGCAGUUUCAGGAAUGGAUCAAUUAGUGAUUGUUGGAGGGAAUAAGACUAGUAGGAUCAAUGCGUGAUUGUUGUGAUUAUGAUUAGCAUGCUUGAUUGUUUUUAACUAUAUUAAUAUUUGGUGUACUACUCGAGUCUACAAUUUUCAAAGUAGUUGGCUUCAAGAUUUGCCAUUACUUGGAUACUUAGAAAAUCAGUGUACUAUUGUUUUGCCAAUAAUGGAACUCAGAAUUGGGGCGAUGGGCGAACAUCAUUCAAGUGGAAAUUUAAAAGUCACCACAGAUAUUAGAUAGAA